AUGAGCUCCACCUGCCACAGGCGAUCAAGAUUCACUCGGUGGCGGCCAGGGACCUUUGUUUGGAAAGGCUUGCGCGACUGGAUGUCAGGGAUGCUGAAGCUUCAUUCCCCGCAGACAAGGAGCCUGGAUCCUCAAUUUAUCCUGCUGUUCAAACCCUAA